AUGUUCAAUACAACAAGACCAAGUGUGGGAAAAAGCUUGUCAAGCGACCUUAUUAGUGAAGAUCCCAAUGCACCCCGUGUUCCACGUCUCACAAGACGUUUAACGGGAUUCUUACCACAGGAAAUCAAGGCAAUUGAGACUAAGAUUCCUGCACAAUCGCGGGAAGUGUGGAACAAACACAAGGUGCAGAAGUUUUCAACAGCGGAAGAGUUUGAGGAAAAAUUCAUCUCCCAUGUGGAAUGGACGCUGGCACGCUCUUUGUACAAUUGCGAUGACAUGGCUGCGUACCAGGCAACUUCGCAAUCUGUGAGGGACAACCUGGUCAUCGACUGGAAUAAGACACAGCAGAGACAAACCGCAAGAGAUGGUAAAAAAGUUUACUAUUUGUCGCUUGAGUUUCUGAUGGGAAGAGCUUUGGAUAACGCCCUGAUCAAUAUGAACACGGAUACGGCUGCAGACGACGUUGGAUCCACCAAAGAGAUCUUAACCAAAGGAAAUACGUCUCGCGAAAUGAUCCGGAAUGCCAUGAAACAACUGGGUUUCAAGCUGGAAGACAUUUUAGAACAGGAGCCAGAUGCAGCGCUUGGAAACGGUGGACUGGGCCGUUUGGCCGCUUGUUUUGUCGAUUCUUUGGCAACUGGCAAUUAUCCAGCUUGGGGUUACGGUCUUCGCUACCAAUACGGUAUUUUCGCUCAAAAAAUCAUCAAUGGCUACCAAGUUGAGACCCCUGAUUACUGGCUGAACUUCAGUAACCCAUGGGAGAUCGACAGGUGGGAGAUCCAAGUGCCCAUUAACUUUUAUGGGUACGUGGACCGUUCUAACAGCGAGAAAACUACCAUUUCGCCUUCUGACUGGAUCGGCGGCGAAAGGGUGCUUGCAUUGGCUCAUGAUAUGCCUAUCCCAGGUUUCAAGACCUCCACGGUCAACAAUCUGAGACUUUGGAGUGCUAAACCUACUACGGAAUUUGAUUUUGCCAAAUUCAACAACGGGGACUACAAAAACUCGGUUGAGCAGCAGCAGCGGGCAGAGUCCAUCACGGCAGUUCUGUAUCCAAAUGACAACUUCGACCAGGGCAAGGAGCUGCGUUUGAAGCAGCAGUAUUUUUGGUGCGCCGCCUCCCUGCAUGACAUUGUUAGAAGGUUCAAGAAGAACAAGAGGCCGUGGUCUGAAUUUCCGGAUGCAAUCGCCAUUCAACUGAACGACACCCAUCCAACUUUGGCCAUCGUGGAAUUGCAGAGAAUUUUGGUGGAUUUGGAAAAGCUGGAAUGGCACUAUUCUUGGGAUAUUGUAACCAGGACUUUUGCCUAUACGAACCAUACAGUUAUGCAGGAGGCGUUGGAAAAAUGGCCAGUUGGCCUGUUGGGCCAUUUGUUGCCUAGACACUUGGAAAUUAUCUACGAUAUCAAUUGGUUUUUCUUGCAGUCGGUCGAAAAGAAAUUCCCACACGACGUGGGCUUGAUGUCCCGGGUUUCGGUCAUUGAAGAAGCUUCUCAAGAAAGGUACGUCCGCAUGGCAUUCUUGGCCAUCAUUGGGUCCCACAAAGUCAACGGUGUGGCCGAACUACACUCAGAUUUGAUCAAGACUACUAUAUUCCAGGACUUUGUUAAAAUUUAUGGUGCCAACAAGUUCACAAAUGUCACGAACGGUAUCACACCUAGAAGAUGGUUAAAGCAAGCCAAUCCAAAACUGGCCCAAUUGAUAAGCGAGACGAUUAAUGACCCAGAUGACAAUUAUUUGCUAAAUAUGUCCAAGUUAACCGAACUACUCAAGUACGCCGAGGACGAGGCCUUCCAAACAAAAUGGAACGACGUCAAACAGUUCAAUAAGCUACGGUUAGCGGACCUAAUCAAGCGCUUGAAUGGUGGAGUCGAUAUCAUUGACAGGGAGCACAUUAGGAAUACACUCUUUGACAUCCAAGUCAAGCGGAUUCACGAGUACAAGCGGCAGCAACUCAACAUUUUCGGAGUUAUUCACCGUUACCUGAGCAUCAAGGAGCUCUUGCAAUCUGGUACGCCCAUCGAAAAAGUUGCUGAGCGGUAUCCUCGCAAAGUUUCGAUAUUCGGAGGUAAGAGUGCACCCGGCUACUACAUGGCCAAACUCAUCAUUAAGCUGGUGAAUUCGGUGGCGGAAGUGGUGAAUGCCGACUCUGAAAUUCAAGACUUGCUCAAGGUCUUUUUCAUUCCUGAUUACAACGUGUCGAAAGCUGAGAUUAUUACGCCUGCUAGCGACUUGAGCGAACAUAUUUCGACUGCCGGCACUGAAGCUUCGGGCACGUCGAACAUGAAGUUUGUUAUGAACGGUGGACUAAUCAUCGGCACUGUGGAUGGUGCCAAUGUCGAAAUCACGAGGGAGAUUGGCGAAGACAACAUAUUCUUAUUCGGGAAUCUGAGCGAAAAUGUCGAAGAGCUGCGUUACAAGCACCAGUUCUCGAAACCAGGUCUUCCAGAGGGUCUCCUCAAAGUGCUUAAUACUUUAGAGAGCGGUGCAUUUUCGCCCCAGAACUCUUCUGAGUUCAGGCCCUUGAUCGACAGCAUUAAACAUCAAGGCGACUAUUACCUGGUGAGCGACGACUUCGAUUCUUACAUCGCGACCCAGGACCUGGUCGAUCAAGUUUACCACAAGGACAAGAAGGAGUGGCUCAAGAAGAGUAUUUUGAGUGUUGCAAACGUAGGAUUUUUCAGCAGCGACAGAUGCAUCGAGGAAUAUGCAGAAACAAUCUGGAACGCCGAACCCGUCAAACCCGAAUAG